AUGUUACACGACUGGUUCAAAAAAGUCCACGCCCUCGCCCCCGUCCUUCACCGGCGGCGCUUCCUGCACCGCCUUAAAGCCGGCGAGGCCAACACCGACCGCACCUUUUGCGCCCUCGUCGUGAGCGUCUGCGCCGCGACGGUGGCGACGUUGCGAAGGGCCGAUUACAGCCCUGUCACGGUCGAGCGGUGCCUGGACUUCAUCGAGGAGCAGCACCUGCUCGACCAUGGCCUCAGGAAGCCCGUUUACUCGCUGGACUGGUGCGUCGCGAUGUACAACAUUGGCACGUCGGCCAGUUCGAUGAACGAGGACGGGUUGGGGGACAUGGGGUCGUUCCAUGGUAUGUCCGAGGCGGCGGCGGGGGCGAGGUUCCUUGCGUACUACCGCAUGGCGGACCUGGAUAUGUCCGAGCAGCAGCUGCUGAAGAGGCUCUUUUGGCUGAUCUUUGCGGCAUAUUGUAGUGCGGACAUAUUCGGGAGACUGUCCGUAAGUAUCGUCUCUCAUCAAGAGAACCGCGCGCACCUGCGCCCUUUACCCCUGACAGACUCGCAACUCGAGACGGGGCCACAACUGUCCCACGCGGAAUUACCGCCGUGGCAUGGCGAUACAACUUCCUACGUACCGGGUUUAAACCAGCUAAGCGACCUCUUCCUGAUAUGGCACGAGGCGCAAACCGCGCCCAUAAGCCUCUACGGCGGCCAAGAAGAGGCCCUCAAGCACUGGCUCGCCAAAAUCCAAACAAUUAUUGACAACUUCCCGCCCGAACUACGUUGGCGCGGGGGUCUCUCGCGCCCCUCUCACAUAACAGAGGGUCACGACACGCAAAUCGCCAACCUCUUCAUCACGAGCCUCAACAUCCGCUCCAACCUACUGCAAAAGUUCGGAUCGACGGUCAAGACGCGCGCGGAGGAGCACCAGCGCAUUGUCGACGACCUGCUUGAGAUUCUGUACCAUAUGCCGCAGCACGUUCUGGAGCAAAACGGCAACAGCCUGAUCCCGAAAUUGAGGGACUGCGGGGCGGCGUACAUGGAGCAGAUGGAUGUCGGCGACGGCGCGCUGGUGAGUGAGGGCGCUAGGCUGAAGCUGGAGAAGUUACUGCGGAAGCUGGAUGAUAUUGACUGCUGGCCUGGCUUACCUGGGAUCGAGAGUCCGCAGAGUAGUAGGCAAUGA